AUGUCUGCCAUGAGCGUCAUACCGGAUGCUGACCCGCCCGAGAAAGAGGGCUGCGCCGACGACGCAAGUUUGGCGAACUUCCCUUUGGCGAACCUCCUUUCCGUGUCACACCCUAGCGAUACCAUGGAACGUCCGGAACUGCCCCUGCACGAACUACAGGACUUGCAGAAGCGGCACAUACAGCAGAUGCAGGAUGGACAACAAUACGAAGAAGGCGGCCUCGCGGCGUCGGAAGAGGCGGAGCGAGCGCCCAACCCCGGCGGCGAGCGCGGGCUGCGCGACUUCAACUACAACGGCCGCGUCCGCAACGGCGAACGAGCCAGCGAGCGAGCCAGCUCGGGCGUCCUCGUCGGCCAACACCAGCCCCACCGCAACUCGGCUUCCAUCUAUUCCAACUACUCCUCUUAUGCUCCCUCGCUGGAUGGUGGCGGUGGCCAUGAGCGACAUGGAGGAGGAGUGGAAGAUAGCGAUUGUAGCGGCGGUGGCGGCGGCGAUGGUGGUAACAGCAGUGGAUUCGGACGAGGGGUCCCGCCGUCGCGGCCGUCACGGUCACCGCCGCCGCCGCCGCUCCCGCACAUCGACCAGCCGAGACGGCAACUCUUGAUGAAAGUGCCUCCGGCGCCCGGCACGGCGGACACGACGAACACGAUGGGCACCGAAGCCAGCACCGCCGUCGCCGGCACCGAGUCGGUGCAGAAGGUGCGGCAGCCGCCGCCGCCGACGUACGUCCCGUUCCAGGACCAUUAUAACCGCGUGCGGUUCGUCGACGAGGAGCACGGCCGCCAGGGGGAGGGGGAGGAGGCGGACCGCGGGCGCUCGACACCACCGAUCGACAAGGCCCAUAUCAAGGGCGCCCCCAAUACGCGUGUUCUUUGGGUGUUUGCCUGCUGUGCCUUCUUCUGUUACCGGUGUUUCAUGGACGAGGACUUUUGA